GGCAGCUAUGGGCAACGAACCGAGCAAACAUCGACGGCAGUCGCGUUCUAUGACGGAGACAGGUCCGCGCCCCAUCCCCGGCCGCUCCGCUGAGCUCACGCAGAUGAUCCCUGAUCAGUUCUCGUCGUUGCCCCAGGUGACACAGGCGCUGAGAAGCAGUGGCCUCGAGAGUUGCAACCUCAUCAUCGGAAUCGACUGCACCAAGUCCAACGAGUGGAGCGGCAAACGCACGUUCGGUGGCCGCAGUCUCCACGAUAUCGACGACCAGAGCGCACACAACCCGUACGAGGACGUGAUCGAGACAAUCGGACGGACCUUACGAGACUUUGACGAGGACAACAUCAUCCCGGUGUAUGGCUUCGGAGACGAGUUAACGUGCGACCGCGCGGUGUUUACCUUUGCCGAGCAUGGCCAGGCUGGAUUUCCACUGGAAAACAUCCGCUUCCGGUACCGAGAAGUCGUACGAAACGUGGUCAUGGCGGGCCCCACGUCCUUCGCGCCCAUUAUCAAUGAAGCCGUAAAUAUUGUCAAUCGCACGGGGGAUUAUCAUAUCCUCGUCAUUAUUGCUGAUGGGCAAGUCACGCGCUCGGUGGAUAUUCCACCGCAUUCCGUCAGCAAGAAUGAAAAGGAGACCAUCGACGCCAUCACGUAUGCCAGUAACUUUCCUCUAAGUAUUGUUAUGGUGGGCGUGGGGGAUGGUCCGUGGGAAUCCAUGAUCUAUUUCGACAAUUAUCUCGUGCACAGGAAGUUUGACAACUUCCAGUUCGUAGAGUAUCACAAAAUCACGUCGCAAUUCAACGAUCCACAGAUGAAAGAGACGCAAUUUGCGCUCCAGGCGUUGAUGGAGAUACCUGAUCAGUAUCGCACAAUCAAGGCGAUGAACUACUUGAAUCGCGGGCCGUUCAGGGUACGCACCGAUCUUCCUCGUGUUGACGUUUUCCCACCGCCGCAACCUAUUGAGAACGUCCAUCACAGCCACAUUCACGGUGUCUUCCAACCACAGUCGCAACAGGCACAGGCACACAGUGUAACAACAACCACGCAAUACGGCCAAACGACCUCACCAUCAGCCCCGCUUUUUGGCUCUGUCGAGGCGACACGGCCGACGUUGCAGCAUCGUACGUCGAUGGCCGAGGAAGAGCUGGCAAGACUUCAAGACGCAUUAUUGUGCCCCAUCUGCGAGGACAGAAAGAAGGACACGGUGUUUCAAUGCGGCCACGAAACAUGUCAAAAGUGCGGGGAGUUCCUUUCACACUGCCCCCUCUGUCGGCAACAGAUACAAGUGCGCAUCAAACGGUUCGGCUAAAGUGAACACAGACUCGAGUAAACUGUUGCAUAUCGAAAAGUAUCCAGGAAGUACGCGUCCAGAGCAGCAAUUCGCGCUCUU